UUUUCUUUGAUUCGCUGGUUGCUUGGGCCCCUCGAUUUCACUCUUGACUACGUUUCUUUCCAAUCUCCAAAACCCUAGUCACCAUCUCUCACAAACAUUGUUCCAGUCCCACAUUCUCAAUCCAAAAUCCCAUCACUGGACCCGAUUUUUCAACGACUCCUUCCUCAAUUUUUCUACUUAUCCUGGUAACUCGAGGGGUUAGGGUUUCGAAUCGAUCGAUUGGGUUUGUCUAAUCGAAAAUCUGUGGCCCGAUUAGUGUUUCUGUUCUGCGCCGUUUUGGAUAUCGCAGUUUUGUUGUCUCUGGGUUCUGGAAAGGUAUGAAACGCGAGUUAGCUUUUGCAUUGGAGGUUCAUUCCCAAUGCGGUUUAAUCGGUCGGACUCGGUCGACGAAGGCUCAGACUCAGAAUGAAACUAUUAACUGCAAUGGGGUUGCUUGGAAUGAGAGUAAUAAGAAGCUGAAGACCUUGAAUGAUGAGUUGGAGGGGAAUGAUUCUAGUGAUCGGAUUCGCGAGACCAAGAAUCGAUGGGAUGGGGUCAUCCAGUAUUCUAGAAAUAAGAGACUGAAGCGUUUGGAAGAGUCCAAGAAUGAUGAGAGAAGAACCAUUGCGGAGGAGCCAAAAGAUGAUGAAAGCACUACCGAUGAGGAGCAGAAAACUGAUGAGAAUGACCCUGUUGUCGUGGAGAAACCUACGGGCGGCUAUUUGGUGGGGCCCAUUUGUGAAGAGGAGCCGAAGAGCCAAUCCCAGAAAGCUUCAAUCAAGGACGAAUCAAAUGAUGGUAGUCUGAAGUUGCAAACUGCAGAACUGAUCGAUGAGAGCAAGGAGAUAGAUAUUGCGGUGGAGGAGAAACUUCCAAAGCGGUUUACAAGAUCAGCAUUAAAAUCGAAGGAGGACACUGUGGAGAGUUUGGAAUCAGACUAUAAUUUUUGCAAUUCUGUUGCCAUAGGAGUUGACGAGAAGACAAAUGGUGCGGUAAGAUCAUUAACAAGUCCAAAGAAGUUAGGACUGAAAAUGUCAAAAAAGAUUGCCUUGAACAAGGUUCCCUUGACAAUAAGGGAUCUUCUCGAGACUGGCAUGCUGGAGGGAUACCCUGUAACUUACGAUGGUAGAAAGAAGGGCUAUAGGCUUCAGGGAACUAUCAAAGGCAAUGGGAUCUUGUGCUCAUGUUCUUUGUGCAAGGGAAGCAGAGUUGUUUUGCCUUCCCAAUUCGAGCUCCAUGCUUGCAAAUCAUACAGACAUGCAGCAAAGUACAUUUACCUUGACAAUGGUAAAAACCUUCAUGAUGUGUUGCAUGCAUGCAAGGAUGCUCCUUUGGAAACAUUGGAAGCAACUAUUCAAAGUGCCAUUGGUUCAUUUCCAGUAAAACGAUCUUUACCUGCAGAUGAAGCUGCAAAAAUAGAUCCACUAGGCAAUUCAUGCAUUAAGAGAAACAACUCACCAGCUACCUCAAUUCAUAGGACCAGUGAAAGAGCUAGGUUGUUGAAACCAAUUCCAGUUACAAAGUCCUCUGGAAGUGCAUUGUACAACUCCUCAGAAAAUAAGAGUCUGGGGAAGAUAACAAAAAAAGAUCAGAGGUUGCACAGAUUAGUUUUUGAGGAAGGCGGGUUACCUGAUGGAACUGAAGUUGCCUACUAUGCAGGCGGAAAGAAAUUGCUGGAUGGUUAUAAAAAAGGCUUUGGAAUAUUUUGUUGGUGCUGCCACUGUGAGGUCAGUGCCUCACAGUUUGAAGCUCAUGCAGGUUGGGCCUCACGUAAAAAACCCUAUUCAUACAUUUACACAUCAAAUGGAGUGUCACUACAUGAAUUGGCAAUUUCUCUAUCAAAAGGCCGUAAAUAUUCUGCUAGGGAUAAUGACGACCUCUGCAGUAUUUGUGGAGAUGGUGGCAAUCUUUUGCUUUGUGAUGGAUGCCCUAGGGCCUUUCACAGAGUAUGUGCAUCUCUACCAAGCAUUCCCCAAGAUGACUGGUACUGUCGAUAUUGCCAGAACAUGUUCCAACGAGAAAAGUUUGUGGAGCAUAAUGCCAAUGCUGUAGCAGCUGGCAGGGUUUCAGGAGUGGAUCCCAUAGAACAAAUAACCAAGCGAUGCAUUCGUAUCGUUAACCCAGAAGCUGAAGUUAGUGCAUGCGUGUUAUGCAGAGGUUAUGACUUCAGUAAGUCAGGAUUUGGUCCACGCACGAUUAUACUGUGUGACCAGUGUGAAAAGGAGUUUCAUAUUGGCUGUUUGAGGGACCAUAAGAUGCAAGAUUUAAAGGAAUUACCCAGUGGGAAAUGGUUUUGUUGCUUGGAAUGCAUAAGGAUCCAUUCCGCUUUGCAGAAGCUGCAUGUUCGUGGAGAGGAGAAGCUUCCAGACUUUCUGCUGAAUGUUAUAAAGGAGAAGCAUGAGAGGAAAGGUUUAGAAAGCAUUGCUGAUUAUAAUGUAAGAUGGAGGCUCCUUAGUGGCAAACUUGCUUCUCCUGAAACUAGGGUGUUGCUCUCUGAGGCCGUUGCUAUCUUCCAUGAUCGCUUUGACCCAAUAAUAGAUUCAGUGACUGGACGUGACCUUAUUCCAGCCAUGGUUUAUGGAAGGAAUGUAAGGGGUCAGGAUUUCAGUGGAUUGUAUUGUGCAGUCAUAACAGUCAAUUCACAUGUUGUCUCGGCUGGAAUCCUUCGAGUGUUCGGACAGGAAGUGGCAGAGCUCCCUCUGGUUGCAACUAGUGUUGAUAACCAAGGCAGGGGCUACUUUCAGAUAUUAUUCUCCUGCAUUGAAAAACUUCUGGCCUUUUUAAAUGUGCGGAGCUUUGUGCUUCCAGCUGCUGAAGAAGCAGAGUGUAUAUGGACUAAGAAAUUUGGCUUUAAGAAGAUAACGCCAGACCAGCUUAGCGAGUACAGGAAAAGCUUCUAUCAGAUGAUAAGCUUUCAAGGGACAUGUAUGCUAGAAAAGGGGGUUCCUGAGUGGCGGAGGAUUAUCCCUCAAAAAUGAAAAUAUCAAAGUUGGUUAUGGUGUUAAAACAGAGCCUUAGUUAGACUUUAAAAAGAAGAGCCAUGGUUAUGGCAGCAGCAUAAUUUUUGAUGAAAGACAAGAAAUAAGAUUCAGCAAAGUAUUAUGAAGUCCAUAAUGCUUUUCCUUGUUAGAGAGAUGUCAGACGAGAUGAUGGUCUUUAGUUUUUGGAAGAUCACAGGGAUUUUGGUUUUGUGAAGGAGCGAGGGCUUUUUUGAUUGUGAAUGAUUUUGGUCUUUUGGAUUUUUGUAUAAAGUAUUAAAUAUUCAAUGUCAGCAAUUUGGGCCUUUAGCUAUUUCCUCUCA